AUGGAUCCUGAACAAGGUUAUUCGGAAGCACGUAAGCUUCUCCAGGACGAAUACGGCGAUUCGUAUAAAAUCUCAAUCGCAUAUGUUAACAAGGUACUUAACUGGACAGUUAUUAAGUAUAACGACCAAGUUGGGUUGAAGCGUUUCUCUCUUUUCUUGAAGAAGAUAAAGAAUGCCAUGAGUGCCAUCUCGGACAUGUCAGUGCUAAAUCAUCCAACCAACAUGCAGACAGUGGUGAAGAAAUUGCCCCAGUUUCUUCAAACAAAAUGGAGAGAUCGCGCGACCAAGUUGAAAAAAUCUCACCAAAAAGUCACUCAAUUUGAAGAUUUGGUGACCUUUGUCGAUGAGUGUGCAGAAUCUGCGAAUCAUCCAGUCUAUAAUAAAGAAGUUUUGAGUGGAAAACGUCCCGAGAUUAAAGAUAAAAAGAAACCAAGCGACAGUGGUUCAAGUUUUGCAACCAGAGUUGAAACAUCAGAAAUUCCAGCAACGCUAACCAUCCCUAAAGAAACAAGGAACCCUGAAACAAAAGCGUCUGAGCGAUGUCCCUGCUGUAAUAAAGAUCAUCCGCUGGACGACUGUACUGAAUUUAUGAAAAAAUCUAUGGAAAAUCGAAAGUCAUUACUCAUGGGGAAAAUAUUGUGUUUUUCUUGUUAUGGAUCAAACCACAUCGCAAAGGGUUGUACGCAGAAGAAGACGUGCAAGACUUGUAAUAAAAAGCACCCCACUACGCUGCACAUACCUGAUUUCAAGUUCAUCGAUAACAAGAACAGUUCUGCGGCAAAAAACGAUCGUGAUAACAAAGAGAAAGAAAUCAAGAACGGCUGCAUCAGUCAAUGCGAGUCUGUUAUAUACCAUGCAAUUCUACCUGUGAGAGUGAAACAAAAGGACGGCGAAAAAUCAGUGGUUACGUACGCCUUCUACGACAAUGGUAGUGGGGGGUCGUUUAUGACAGAAAAUCUCCAGCAACAGUUGGGAAUAGAGGGUGUAAAGACAGCGCUCCAGCUUGGUACGAUGCACGGACAGAGCUACAUUAAGAGUGACGUUCUUACCGACCUGAUUGUCACGGAUUUGAAUGACGAGAACCCCGUCGAGAUUGAAAAGCUUUACACAAGAAAAUUUAUUCCUGUAGAGCAUAAUCAAAUCCCUACUCCUGAAAUCGUUUCUAACUGGAUCCACCUCGAGAAGAUUGGCAAAGAAAUUCCCAAGUACAUACCAGAUUUGGAGAUUGGCCUCUUGAUUGGCAAUAACUGCAUUCCUGCUCAUGAACCGUUAAAAGUGAUCUCAAGUAAUGGUAAUGGUCCGUUUGCAGUUCUCCUUCCUCAUGGUUGGACGGUUGGUGGUCCUCUUCGUUCGGAACCAUCACAAUCGGACACCCACAAAGUCAGUGUCAAUCGUGUUGUGGUUCGUGAAAUUCAGAAUGUUAAAGAGAUCAUCACUCCUAAAUUAUUGUUGGAUGCAUUGGCGAUUGAUUUUAAUGAAUACAGUGCAGUUUCUACAGACUCGGAUGGUAAAGGAUAUUCUUAUGAAGAUAAGCUGUUCCUGAAGAAAGUGGAAAAUGGAGUUCGUUAUAACGAAGGACAUUACGAGAUUCCUCUACCGUUCAGAACCGAAAACAUUGAAAUGCCGAACAACAAAAUGCAAGCAAUUAAGAGGGCAGAAUGGCAAAAGAAGAAAAUGUUGAAGAACGAAAAGUACCGUGAGGAUUACAAAACGUUUAUGGAGGAUGUCAUCGCGAAGGGUUAUGCCGAAAGAAUACCAGCAGAAUCACCCUUACCUGAGAAUGGAAAAGUUUGGUAUAUCCCUCAUCAUGGCGUAUACCAUCCCAAAAAACCAGAGAAGAUCCGUGUGGUGUUUGAUUGCAGUUCUCGUUUUCAAGGUACAUCUAUUAACGAUCAGCUGCUUUCUGGUCCAAACCUUACCAAUACAUUGGUUGGUGUCCUAACAAGAUUUAGACAAGAACCCAUCGGAUUUAUGGGUGACAUCGAAGCCAUGUUUUAUCAAGUUCGUGUUCCCACCACUCAACGUGACUUUCUCCGGUUCUUGUGGUGGCCUAACGCGGAUCUGGAGUCUAACAUAGAAGAAUAUCGUAUGACGGUGCAUUUGUUCGGUGCUGUUUCCUCGCCUAGUUGUUCGAAUUUUGCCCUCAAGAAGACUGCGUACGACAACGAAGAGGAGUUUGGUCCCCUGGUUGCAAGAACAAUCAAACGAAAUUUUUAUGUGGACGAUUGCCUGAAAUCUGCCAAAACCGUUCGUACAGCGAUCAAGUUGAUUGAUGAUCUACGUGAUUCGUGUGCCAAGGGAGGAUUUCGGUUGACAAAAUUCACAAGCAACUCGCGUGCUGUUUUACAGUCAAUCCCAGUAGAAGAUCGCUCGAAGGAAUUGAAGAAUCUGGACUUACAUUAUGGCAAACUUCCACUCGAACGCGCGCUAGGAGUGUACUGGUGUAUAGAAUCUGACACCUUUGAAUUUCGUGUGACGUUGAAUUCUAAACCACUCACCAGAAGAGGCAUUCUGUCAACCGUAUCAUCAGUAUAUGAUCCUUUAGGUUUUGUUGCACCGUUCAUCUUGCCUGCAAAGAAGCUAUUACAAGAACUUUGUCAGAAUCGACGAUUGAGUUGGGAUGAUGAAAUUCCAUAUGAGUGUCACGUUCAAUCGUCAAAAUGGCUGAAUGAGCUACAAGCCCUUGCGCACCUUAAAAUCAACCGAAGCCUUACACCGCGUGACUUUGGUGAAAUUGUUUCCAGACAGUUCCACUUGUUCUCUGAUGCAAGUCUUUACGGAUAUGGUUCGAUAGCGUAUCUCCGGCUUAAAGAUCGUAAAGGUCGAAUCCACUGCGCCUUUCUGAUGGCAAAAUCUCGUCUUACUCCAGUGAAAUUUGUUACUAUACCGCGUUUGGAGCUCGUUGCUGCAGCCUUGUCCGCACGACUUGGACGGCUCCUUAAUGACGAAGUAGAAGAUAAACCAUCAACGAUAGUUUAUCAUACCGAUUCCACAACUGUUCUUCGAUAUAUCAUGAAUGAUUAUACCAGAUUCCACGUAUUUGUUGCCAACCGCAUACAACUAAUUCGAGAUUUGACCGAUCCUAUACAAUGGCGAUAUGUUCAGUCGACCGACAACCCAGCAGACUACGCUUCGCGAGGAAUGGAUGGAAAGACUUUGCUAAAACAAAGCAAGUGGAUUCAUGGCCCAGACUUUCUGUGGGAAGAAGAAGAGAAAUGGCCAGAGCAACCGUUGUCAUUGGGCGAAGCAUCGGCGAACGAUCCCGAAGUUAAGAAGAUUAUAAGCAGCUCUGUUUCAAUCAUUGACAACUCUUACUCGUCGAUUAACAAGCUUUUCGAAUUCUAUUCGAAUUGGCUGCGAUUGAAGAGAGCUGUGGCGAUAAUGCUUCGAGUGCGACGGUUACUGAUCGAACGAAAAUUGCGAAAAAAUAUCCCAAGCAAAUCGCCCCACGGAAUAACGAGAAAAAAAUUAAGGUGUACAGCAACAACGAGAAGUGAACCCUUGCUACAAGUCCAACCGAUAACACUUCAAGAAUUGGAAGUAGCUGAAGAUGCCAUCAUACGGUGUGUGCAAGCACAAUCGUACGGAGAAGAGAUUCGAGCCAUAAACGAUAUAAUGACAACAAGCAAAAAUGAAAGUAGAAUGCAAGUCAAACGAAAGAAAACCGAAAUUAAGAGGACGAGUUCCAUUUAUCAAUUAAACCCAUUCCUCUACCAAGGAAUUCUACGCGUUGGAGGCCGCCUUUCCAAAGCAGAAGUUCCAGAAGCGAUGAAACAUCCCUAUGUCCUGCCACGAAAAAGUCACGUCACGAUGCUCAUAAUCCGCCAUAUUCAUCAAAGUUUGGGUCAUGUGGGACGUGCUCAUGUUCUAGCUGCUUUGAGAAAAAAGUAUUGGGUUGUGAGUGCUAAUUCAGCUGUCCGCCACUUGUUGUUCAAAUGUGUAACCUGUCGUCGUAUUCGAGCCACACCAAACGAGCAAAAAAUGGCUGAUCUUCCUGCCGAACGUGUAAAUCCUGCUCCUCCGUUCACUUACGUUGGCGUAGACUAUUUCGGUCCGUUUCAGAUUAAAGAACGACGAAAGGUGCUAAAAAGAUAUGGAGCCCUCUUCACCUGUCUUUUGAGUCGAGCUAUUCAUAUUGAAGUUUCAAACUCUUUGGAUACGGACUCGUUCAUCCAUGCUUUGCGACGAUUUGUGGCACAACGAGGGCCAGUACGACAGAUAAGAUGUGACAACGGCACAAAUUUCAUCGGAGCAAAGUCAGAACUCGUCAAAGCGUUUGAAGAAAUGGAUCAAGCACGAAUUCAAAAUACGAUGGUUCAAAUGGAAAUAGAAUGGAUCUUCAACCCUCCUGCGUCGAGGGCAUAUGGGUGGUGUAUGGGAAAGGCAGAUUCGUAG